CAGAUUAAACAAGUUGAUGAGUCACUGAUAUUAAACUUCAGAGUGUAGUUUGAAGUGGUUCAGUUUUCUUCAGAGAACAUGGAAUGUAAGGUUUGCUUCCGUGAUUACGAUCAGGUUGACAGAUUGCCAUGUGGUCACUUCAUGUGCUCGGUGUGUGUGACAAGCCUCUUGAAGGAGGGUACCCUCAAGUGCCCCAUCUGCUGUUCCCAGCACACCAUUCCUGACAUAAUGCAAAUCCCCAUUGCUUAUGAUUUUGAAAAGUUAUUAUCAAGCAUAAACUUAGCUUCACCAGAGAAAAGAGAAGUACCAGAACCCCAACAGGAUAUUGCAAGAGACCCAACUAAACUGAGAAUAAUGCAGUUGGCAGUCAGUAGUGGGAUUUCAGAUUGUAAUCAAAUGCAAACUCAACUCCGUACUUACAACACAACCUUGGAUAACUUGGUAACAGAACAUGAGGAACAAAUUAAGAAUCUCAAAGAGAUGAUCCAGAGUCACAUGAAUGCACAGCAACUCCUGAAGAGUGAAAAGAGCAGGUUGACUGAUCUUCAAGGACAAGGUGGACAACAGUACAGCAUGUUACAGGAAGCAGCUGAAACUCUUCAUACCAGUGACAAGGGGAUGGAUACAGAUUGGGCCAUCAGCAGUGCUGAACAGUGUCAUGCUGUUACAUUAGAGUUGAUCAAACAGUGCAGUUAUACACUCUCAGAUGUGAAUGCCAUCCAGCAGUCGGCUAAGUUGCUGCAUUCUACCAAAAGGACCAUAGAGUUAAUGAACCAAGAAAUAGAUGCUGGUGUGCAGGAUGCAGAUGUUGCAGCUUCCAUCAACAGCGUAGUCAAUAGAACACAUGAUGCAACUGUCCUUGAGAAGGUCAAUAACAUCAUUGGCAAAACAACAGAAACUGUAACAAUAGAAAGCCUACAAGGACUGUCUAUGCCUGCUAGACUGUUAGUUGAAGCUGGCAAGGUUGCAGCUGUCUUGAUCAAGCAUGGCAAGACUCGUCAUGGCAGAAUAACUUUACAUGAUGGAGCCAUCUGUCUACACCACCUUCAAAAUGUGUGUCCCAGCACAACUCAGCAUCCCCAUACACUUCCAUUUUAUGAUUUCAUAGCUUCUACUAGAACAGCCUACAGUCUGGUAUUCUUGGAUCUAGCUUGGCCUGGUUCACCCCCCGGCCGUGUGUACAUUAGAAUUACUAGAGAUACUUCAAUGGCAAAAAACUUUGUGCUACUCUGCACAGGAGAACUGGGCCCUUCGUAUACUAACAGCCACUUCUUUGGGGUUGUGUGUAAAGGCUUGUCAGGGGAAUGCAUUGUAGGAGGGGAUUAUGAAUACAAUAAUGGUAUAGGAGGAGCUGCUUUUAUACCAGACCUGAUUGGAUGUGCAAAUUAUAACAAAUAUUGCUCUGUAGGAGAUGUAGGUGGCUGGGUUUCAAAAGAUAAUCGUGCUGCACAGUUCUCAAUCACCACAAAAAAGUCCCUUUUUCCGUUCACUGAUCCACGUGUGUUUGGAAAGGUGGAAAAAGGGCUAGAGGUAGCUAAGGCAGCAGCAAAGUGUAGGAAUAUUAAAACUGUCAUGGUGGUAGACUGUGGUAUUGUGAUCUAGAAACAUUCUUGGACCUCAGCUCUUGCCUCAACUAAUUUUGCAGGGUCUUUUCUUCUCCCUCUUUCCUUUUUCUUUCUCCUCUUAAUCCACUUUUGUCUACUUGUCCUAAUUGUUUACUCAUAUUUACCCUUUUUGCCACAAUACUUUACCAUAAUGAUGUGUAACCUUUGAUGUCUGGUACAUUUGUUUGUUUUGACCUUUGACCAUUCUGGAAAUCCACAAACAUUGCCUUACUGAACAAAAAAAAAAUUCUCACCUGGGGGCUUUGCCCCCCAAGUCCUACCUUAUCACAAUAUUUUGGAUAUGCUGUAAUAACCUUAGAUAUUGAUGCAGCAGAAAAUGUUCAAUAAUUAAAUAAUAUUGCAACAUGUGACAAUCUCUAUAAGACUUUGGUAAUGGUGCUCAGAUUGUUUGCUUUAUUAAUUGUUUUUACACAUAGAUGGCUACACUUGUACUAAGUCACCAAUGAGUCACUUACAAGUACUACCUGUCUUGCCUGUUUACCCUUUUCCUUGAUUUUCAGAAAUAUUUUAUGUUAUCUUAUAUUGCUGUUACUAAUCUCAAUAACAUAGUAGUUAUAAUGUCUAUAAUAAAAAUAACACCAUCGAUAUUUAUAGCAAUAGUAAAAAAAACGUUUUUCCCCAUUAAUUCAUGGAAAGGUCAAAUCAGGUAAGGCAUAAGGUCUACUAAUUAACUCCUGUGUGGCUUAAGCUUUGUCUUAAAAAUGUGUAAUCUAAUUUAUCACACAGAUGAAGAAGCUCACACACUGUAUAUUUACUGUAGUGUAUACAGUAUAUCUGUAAGCAGAAAGCUUUACAAAAAGUACAAACAUAAAAUAGGAUUUGGUAGAGAUUUAUCAAUUCUUGAAAUACAUGCUGGAGUGCUAUAUCAGAUAAAGAGCCUCUGGUCUGGAAAGUAAGAAAGUACAGCUUCUGAUGGCCAAGUCAUUUUGUAUUGGAGGAUCCGUGCUUAAGGUGUUAGGCAUGAAGAAUAAAAAGACAAAGGACAGAUGGACAGUAUAAUCUGCAAGAUAAUACUAUAAUCACUCUUGCUCUAGUAUCUAUUUCAUGGCAUGGUAAAUCAUACAACAAGAUUUUGUUUACAUCUUUAUUAAAUGAUACGUAUGUACUAUAACGGAUGCUCCCCUAUGAGAAAACCAGGAAAAAAGUACUCACAAUUUAGACUUCUUUUCCCUCUACCUACUUUUACUCCUCAAAGUACACACUGUUAAAGACCAAUUAUUAGUUUGGAGAGCAUAAAUACUUUUGAAUAUAUGCAUAGCUGAAUUUACAACAUACUAUCAGAUUCUUCCAGCCCAGUAUCAAAACCAACUAUUUUUUGUGAUUCAAACCCCUAUGUAAUAUUUUAAUCCUAAAAGUAUAAAUCAAUGAGCACAUCAUUUCAAAACAUAGCUUACAUUUCUAGUAAACAUCCAUGGUCAACAUUUUUUGGAAUGACUGAAAGUAGAAAUCUUAACAUUUAUAUGUUCCUCACUUGUUCAAUUAUAGUUUAACAAUAGAGAAAAAGAAAGAUCGUCUGAUAAAAAAAAAAGGAAAAAAAAAACAUUGGAGAGAGAAACAGCCGAUGAGAUGAUACAUAAUGAUUCCAGAGGGGAGCAUGGAGAGAAAAAAGUCAAGUGGUAUCUGGGAAGGAGCAGCCCAUCAACAUGCAGUGUGAUGUAUA